AUUCCCACUCGCCGUCUCCAGCCGUUUCCACCUCCUUUCCCCACUCGUCGUCUCAUUUCAAAAAACCCUCCAAUUUUCCCCGCGCAAAUUCCCUACGCGGAAUCCCUAACCACUCUAGCUCAGUCGCCACCCCGUCAUUCUCCGAUUCGCCAGCCCAGCGAGGGAACUCGGAGAGUUAGGGUUAGGGUUUUUUCUCCAGGGUGCUGGAUUAAAAUCAAUGGGGAGCAAGGUCAGUGACGAGCUGCUCACCACCGUCCGAGCAAUUGUCGGAUCCGGGUUCUCCGACAUGGAUAUAAUCAGAGCUCUGCACCUCGCCAACCACGACCCAACAGCCGCUAUAAACAUCAUCUUCGACACGCCCAACUUCAAUUCAAAACCCAAGUUUCAAUCUCCGAGAGCUUCCAUUUCCAGCCCCAGUCCCGGGCCUAAACCUAGUUCUGCUGAAGAUAGGAGAGCGGAGAAGGAGAACGGUGGGAGUCGUGAUUUGGUCGGCGAUGUGGGUGUCAGUCCGAGAGGGAGGGAAUCGGGGGAUGGAGUUGAUGAGAGAGCGAGGUUGUCAGGUUCGAGUUCCGUUUCAGGUGUACUUGGCGGUGAGUGGUGGUGUUUGGGAAAUGGGGUGGUUGCAGGGUUGUCGACGAGUAAAGGGAGGAAAAUCAACGCUGGCGAUGAGGUUAUGUUUACUUUUCCAGUCAACAGGAAGAGCACGGCUUCGGCUGCGAAGGGGUUUGGAAAGGGAAGACAGGCGGCUGCCGCUUGUUCAGAGAUAGUGAGGUUUUCUACCGUAAAUGGUGGGGAGAUUGGGAGAAUACCGAAUGAGUGGGGCAGGUGUCUUCUUCCGCUUGUGAGGGAUAAGAAGGUUAAGAUAGAAGGGCACUGUAAGUCUGCUCCGGAGAUACUUGGAAUCAUGGGUACAAUUGAAUUAUCAGUAAGUGUUUACAUCAAUAGUGCCAUGUUCCACAAGUUUCAGCAGACCUCACUGAAAGUAGCCAGCAGUACCACUGAAGAAACAGUUGUUCAUCCCCUUCCAAAUUUGUUCCGGUUACUCGGUCUAACUCCUUUCAAGAAGGCUGCAUUUACCCCUGCUGACUUGUGCACUAGGAAGCGGCCUUUGCUCUCAAAGGAAAGUUCUGGUCUUCAUGCAUCAUUAGUGCGUGUCAACAAGUCUAAAAGUCAGCUGAAAAAUGAAAAUGAUACGGAGGAUGAGGAGUUCAUUUCAGAGGCUGAUCUUGAUCAGAUUGUUGGAGUAGGACAAAGCGACGAGUUAAAGGAAAUGGAUCCUCCUGCUACGCUUCAGUGUGAACUUCGUCCCUACCAAAAGCAGGCCUUGUACUGGAUGAUGGAGCUAGAAAGAGGGAAUUGUGCUGACGAGGCAGCAACAACACUUCAUCCUUGUUGGGAGGCUUAUCAUAUAUCAGACAAGAGAGGGCUUGUCAUCUAUUUGAAUGCAUUUUCAGGUGAAGCAACUGUUGACUUCCCAAGCACUCUUCAGAUGGCUAGAGGAGGAAUUCUAGCGGAUGCAAUGGGACUUGGGAAGACUAUAAUGACUAUAUCUCUCCUACUCAGUCAUCCAGAAAAGUCUGGGUCAUCGAGUAGUAAAUCUUUUAGUCAGACUUCCAGUGAAAUUGAGGCAUUUAGUGAUGCUUCUGAACAAUUAUCGAGUCCCUUUAACAAGAAAACAAUUCUAGGUGACAAGGUGACAAAGCAGAGAAAGUCACUCAGCUAUGGUGGUAAUCUGAUCAUAUGUCCUAUGACUCUUCUGGGACAGUGGAAGGCAGAGAUAGAGACCCAUGCAAAGCCAGGUUCUCUUUCUCUAUACUCUCAUUAUGGACCAAGUAGAGCGAAGGAUGCGAAAAUGCUGGCACAAUACGACGUAGUAGUAACCACGUAUGGUGUUUUGGCUUCUGAGUUUUCUGCUGAGAAUGCUUCUGAGAAUGGUGGUCUUUACUCGGUUUGCUGGUUUAGAGUGGUUCUUGAUGAAGCACAUACCAUUAAAUCAUCAAAGAGCCAGAUAUCAGUGGCUGCUGCUGGUCUGACUGCCGAUCGGCGCUGGUGUCUCACAGGGACGCCCAUCCAGAAUAAGUUGGAAGAUCUCUACAGUCUACUUCGGUUUUUGAAGGUGGAACCUUGGGAGAAUUGGGCAUGGUGGAAUAGACUCAUUCAAAAGCCGUACGAUGAGGGUGAUGAGAGAGGUCUAAAGUUGGUCCAGUCUAUUCUGAAGCCUAUUAUGCUCAGGAGAACAAAGUCAAGCACAGAUCGAGAUGGCAGGCCAAUCAUAGAUCUCCCUCCAGCUGAUAUUCAGGUGACCUAUUGUGAACUGACAGAAACUGAAAAGGACUUCUAUGAUGCCCUCUUUCGAAGAUCCAAGGUAAAGUUUGAUCAAUUUGUUGAGCAAGGCAGGGUUCUGCAUAAUUAUGCUUCAAUACUGGAGUUGUUGUUGCGUCUUCGUCAAUGCUGUGACCAUCCAUUUCUUGUAAUGAGUCGAGGUGAUACACAAGAAUUCUCAGAUAUGAACAAGUUGGCUAAGCGUCUCCUGAAAGGUGGCCAAAGUAUCCUGCAGGGAACUGACCCGGGUGCUCCUUCGGUGGCAUAUGUCCAAGAAGUUGUAGAUGAACUCCAAAAGGGAGGAGAGGGGGAGUGUCCAAUUUGUCUUGAAGCGUUUGAAGAUGCAGUAUUGACACCUUGUGCUCACCGGCUAUGUCGAGAAUGUCUCUUGUCAAGUUGGAGAAAUGCAAGUUCUGGUCUAUGCCCUGUUUGUAGGAAAGCUGUGACUAAGCAAGAGCUUAUCACUGCUCCAACAGACAGUCGGUUUCAGAUUGAUGUUGAGAGAAACUGGAUUGAAUCGACCAAAGUGACCACUCUCUUGAAAGAACUUGAAGCUCUUCGUCCUUCCGGUUCUAAGAGCAUUCUUUUCAGCCAGUGGACUGCUUUUCUGGAUCUGUUACAAAUCCCACUUACAAGGAGUAACAUUUCCUUCCUACGCCUUGAUGGGACCCUGAACCAGCAGCAGCGUGAAAGAGUGAUAAAACAGUUCUCUGAAGAUGAUAGUAUAAAGGUAUUGCUGAUGUCCCUGAAAGCUGGAGGGGUAGGGAUCAAUCUAACAGCAGCAUCCAAUGCCUUCGUUAUGGAUCCUUGGUGGAAUCCAGCAGUAGAGGAACAAGCAGUAAUGCGGAUUCAUCGCAUUGGACAAACAAAACCAGUAAUGAUCAGACGUUUCAUUGUCAAGGGGACAGUUGAGGAGAGGAUGGAGGCAGUUCAAGCACGCAAACAUCGGAUGAUAUCUGGUGCCUUAACUGAUCAAGAAGUCCGGAGUGCACGAAUCGAAGAGUUGAAGUUGCUUUUUACAUAACCAGCUCUUCACUUCAAGCUCCAUGUUAUUAUUGGCAUUGGAAGGAUACAAGGAAUGGACCAUUAGAAAGAUGGUGGAAAACCAAAAACAUCUCUAUCUGCCUGAGGAGGCAAAAGCUAUGAACCAGAAGCUCCGGGAGACACAGAUUUUGGUCUGCAGGUGCAGUGAGCAUACACUAAUUGCAGUUUUCGAAGACAUAAUAAGUGAUUAGUGCAAAUCUUGGGAUUGGCAUUCUCCAAUGAGCAAAAGUCUCCAUUGCAGAGAAGCUUGUUGGAGUACUGCAUCAAGUUCUAAAUACGGGGGAGGCCAAGCCAAUGCAGUCUGGAUCGUGUAGUUUCAUUUCAGCCGAGCUUAAUGGCUUUUGAGUGUGAAUUAAUGAAUGCAGUGAUGAGUUGUUGUAUAUUUGUAGCAAUUAGGGGACUGAUUAUUUAGAGACGAAUUACUCCAGACAGGGCCUUAAUUUUGAUAAUGGGGACAUUUUUGUGUAAUUCGAUAGAUAGAUGUAUAAUAUUUGAAUUUGGUGUAUUGUAAAUUACAAUGGGUAUUUGUAAUUGUGUCUUCAAUCAUUAAAGAGAUUUUUUUUUUAAU